UUCAACGUUUACGUUGGGUCCCAACCACUCGUCUCUCCGCAACCCAUAUCUCCAACUUCCCCAUGGCGAGAGCCUAUUUUUACAUAGGCUCCGCCACUGCCACUUCCACCCCGCUCUCCUCCUCCCCCUUCCGCCACCGUAAACUUCCAGCUCACAACCAUCGCUCUUCCCCUCCUCUCCGCUCCUCAACCAACACUACCACCCCGUUGACAAUGUCCAACCAACCUACCCCUCACCCCUCCCUGGAAGUUAUCGGUGGAGCUCGGGACUCAUUCCUCCCAGCAUUCACAAGCCUUCACACCCCUUAUCAUCCUUACCCUUUUAUCGCUUGGAAUAGACACGUGGAGACCAUCUUUGCCGCGUUUUUUCGUUCGCUCCCUGAUAUCAAAUUCCGGCGUGAGUGCCUCCGUACAAAGGACAACGGCACCGUUGCACUUGAUUGGGUCUCCGGUGACCGAACUCGCUUGUCUGCCGUUGCCCCCGUCCUCAUUUUGCUGCCAGGUUUGACAGGAGGGAGUCAGGACUCGUACGUGAGGCAUAUGUUGGUGAGAGCAAGGAGCAAAGGAUGGAGGGUUGUGGUGUUCAAUAGCAGAGGAUGUGGUAAUAGCCCUGUCACCACUCCUCAGUUCUAUUCAGCUUCAUUUCUCGGAGAUAUGUCAGAAGUAGUGGCACUUGUCAACAACCGGUAUCCGAAAGCCAAUGUCUAUGCUGUUGGAUGGUCUCUUGGCGCCAAUAUUCUUGUUCGUUAUUUGGGUCAGGAAUCUCGAUCCUGUGUUCUUUCUGGUGCUGUAUCAUUAUGCAAUCCUUUCAACUUGGUCAUUGCUGAUGAAGAUUUCCGUAAGGGCUUUAACAUUGUUUAUGACAAAUCUCUAGCAAAUGGUCUCUGCAAAAUUUUCACCGAGCAUGCUCCUUUGUUUGAAGAGAUGGAUGGUGAAUACAAUAUCUCAGCAGCUGCCAAUGCCAAAUCUGUCAGAGAAUUUGAUGAAGCUCUAACACGAGUGUCAUUUGGAUUCAAGUCAGUGGAUGACUAUUACUCGAAUUCAAGCAGUUCAGAUUCCAUAAAGAAUGUCUGCAUCCCUUUGCUCUGUAUUCAGGCUGCAAAUGAUCCAAUUGCUCCUUCUAGAGGAAUUCCUCGUGAAGAUAUUAAGGAUUGACAGAUGUUAUUUUUCGGCACUUCUAGUGCUGGCAGUAGACUAUUGGUGUCACAUUUAGGCAACUAUCAAAAUGUUUGGUAACUCAAUAUAUUGUUUAUGUUAAGGACAAUAAUUAAAAGAGCGAUGAUGCAGUCAAUUGGUUGUGUCAUCCAUGAAUAUGUAUAUGGCUGGAACUCAGGAAUUGUACAUAUAUAUGGAUUUUUCCUUUGACUAUGUAAAAAAAAUUUUCAAUAAAGAAAAUCCACCUAUACCCUUAUAUGGCGCACGGUAUGAUGAUGAUUGGUCUAGCGAAGUAUCUUAGACAAACUUUGCUGUUGACACUAGUGCAAAAUGGAGAAAACUGAGAUAUUUGUUACUUGCAUACUCUGUUGUACUCCUUUCGCUUUUCGUGUUCAAUUUGGUCGAUAUGAGUUCUUGGACUAAUGAUGUUUUUAUUUAGCUCAUCUUAUUGGGCUGGUCCCAAUUCUGCUGCCAAAUAUCAGUUUACUUCCCUUUUUUCCAUGAGUUUUUUUUUAUUGUACCAUAUCCCAGGUGCUGAAUCAAAACUGUCAUUCUUUUACUUGGCCUACAUAGACGUGUUUAUGGCUCUGUUGUACUUCAUUUAUUUUGAUGCCAGUUGAAGUUCUCCAGAUAAUCAGCAUUUUGCACUUUUACUUUUUUUCUCAAUAUCGCCUUCUCAGAUGGCAACAACUUGGCUGAUUUCUCUUGUAUUGGCCAUCUGUUUUGUUUAACAAAUCCUUUGUUCA